UCCGGGGAGUGCGCACGCAUCCUGCCCGCGGCGCGCGCGCAGGUCGGUGCGUCGGUCGGGGGCGCGCUCGGGUACCUGUACCCCACGUAGUCGCCGGUUACCGAUCGGACUAAGUUCCAGAAACAAGAGAUAAAGUAAUAAUAGGUACUGUGGGGAAAAAACACAGAAGAACAAUUCUGUAAUAUAGUGGUGAUUUACAAGUGAAGUUAAAAUGUCCCCAGAAGUGGCCUUGAACCGAAUAUCUCCAAUGCUCUCCCCUUUCAUAUCUAGUGUGGUCCGGAAUGGAAAAGUGGGACUGGAUGCUACAAACUGUUUGAGGAUAACUGACUUGAAAUCUGGCUGCACAUCAUUGACUCCUGGGCCCAACUGUGACCGAUUUAAACUGCACAUACCAUAUGCUGGAGAGACAUUAAAAUGGGAUAUCAUUUUCAAUGCCCAAUACCCAGAACUGCCUCCCGAUUUUAUCUUUGGGGAAGAUGCUGAAUUCCUGCCAGACCCCUCAGCUUUGCAGAACCUUGCCUCCUGGAAUCCUUCAAAUCCUGAAUGUCUCUUACUUGUGGUGAAGGAACUUGUGCAACAAUAUCACCAAUUCCAAUGUAGCCGCCUCCGGGAGAGCUCCCGCCUCAUGUUUGAAUACCAGACAUUACUGGAAGAGCCACAGUAUGGAGAGAACAUGGAAAUUUAUGCUGGGAAAAAAAACAACUGGACUGGUGAAUUUUCAGCUCGUUUCCUUUUGAAGUUGCCAGUGGAUUUCAGCAAUAUCCCCACAUACCUUCUCAAGGAUGUAAAUGAAGACCCUGGAGAAGAUGUGGCCCUCCUCUCUGUUAGUUUUGAGGACACUGAAGCCACCCAGGUGUACCCCAAGCUGUACUUGUCACCUCGAAUUGAGCAUGCACUUGGAGGCUCCUCAGCUCUUCAUAUCCCAGCUUUUCCAGGAGGAGGAUGUCUCAUUGAUUACGUUCCUCAAGUAUGCCACCUGCUCACCAACAAGGUGCAGUACGUGAUUCAAGGGUAUCACAAAAGAAGAGAGUAUAUUGCUGCUUUUCUCAGUCACUUUGGCACAGGUGUCGUGGAGUAUGAUGCAGAAGGCUUUACAAAACUCACUCUGCUGCUGAUGUGGAAAGAUUUUUGUUUUCUUGUACACAUUGACCUGCCUCUGUUUUUCCCUCGAGACCAGCCAACUCUCACAUUUCAGUCCGUCUAUCACUUUACCAACAGUGGACAGCUUUACUCCCAGGCCCAAAAAAAUUAUCCAUACAGCCCCAGAUGGGAUGGAAAUGAAAUGGCCAAAAGAGCAAAUGAAAUGAUAAGCUCCAUUAAAAAGCCUGGCCAUCAAUUACUGCGAAUACAGCCCUCAUCCCAGAGGAAGCCACUCACCAUCCUCUCAGCCUGUGCAGACCAGGCUGCACCAGGCACGGAGUGUUUACAGCCCAGCUCAGCCUCCUGGCUCCCCUGGGGGAGGGGCAGCAGGGCUUAUUUCAAAACCUUUGUCCCUCAGUUCCAGGAGGCAGCAUUUGCCAAUGGAAAGCUCUAGGAAACACCAGUCUUGAGAGGUGGCCAGCCAGACUGCCUGUCCACAUGCGUGUCAGCACAUACAGCCGCUUCCUGGAAGCUGCCUGGAAUGUCUUCACGGCAGCCCUUUGCUCACACAGCAGCUUUGCACGCCCCAGGCAGCCCCGACUGCUGAAAUCCAACUUGAGCUGGCUGGUGGUGCCUGGAUCCUAGAGCCCUUCACUUCGGGUUACUCCCUCUUUCUUGCCUCUAUUUCUUAGUUGGAAGAAAUAAACUCACAAAUUAUGGUGCAGUAAUUUUCCGGGGAAAGUAAAGCGUCAGGAAUGCCCACGCCUUUCUUCCAAAGCCUUUGUCUCUGAGACCUCUUAAGUUCUAAGAUUAAAUGCCCCCCGCUGUUUUUCCUCGGAAA